AUGACCUUUGAAUAUGAUGAAAAUAAUCGUAUUAGUGGUUUUACCCUAUCAAUUUCUGUACCACCUUAUUCAAGUGAUAAUGAUUAUGGACGUCUAUAUUUAUUUCCUGAUAACAAAACCAAUGAUAAAGUGCAUGAAUUACGAUAUGAUCGAAAUCGUUAUAAAUUAUUAGCGAAAUUUUGCAAAUUCAAAAAUGAAUGUACAUUAUUACUUGAUUUAACUAAUACAUUCAUCAAGUAA